AAUGAAAAAGGAUGCAAGUGUGUUUUGGAUAUGAUUGAUGAAAACAAUGUUUUUGUACCCGACCCGGUGGCUGACCCGUUUUGGCCACCGGGAUCGGAGAAAAGACUCAAAAUUGCAACCUUUGAUAUCCGAGAUUUCGAAGAACAUUGGGAGAAACAAGAACUCAAGGAUAAAUCCUCGCUCGAAUCGGUGGAUCUCUUAUCGCGAUUCUUGAGCUCCGGCCAUUCUAAUGAAAACUUCGUCACUGACAUAGUCAUCCGCUUCAUUCUUGCCGACAGGGACACAACAUCGACGGCGCUAACGUGGUUUUUCUGGUUGAUUUCUCAACAACUAGAAGUUGAAUUGGAAAUUCUGAAAGAAAUCCAGGAGAAAUCCAAUUCGCCGAUUUUCAAAGAAGUUAAAGACAUGGUUUAUACCCACGCUUGUCUCUACGAGACCAUGCGGCUGUACCCGCCGGUCCCCGUCAACGGCAAAGUCGCCAUGGGUGCCGAUGUUUUAGCCGACGGAACAGAGGUGAGGAAGGGGAUAGGGGUAGCUUAUCAUCCUUACGCGAAGGGCUGAGAUCCGGGGAGGCAGUUGUGGAGUCGCUGACGGUUGAGAUCGGGGAGGUAGUUGGCCAACGGUGACUUCGCUGCUCUGUUUUCUUUCUGCUUUCUGGCUGCUUCUGCACAAAGAUGAAGGGCUUGCUUUCUGGUUUUGCUUCUGCACAGAGACAAAGGACUGAAAGCCGCAGACGGAGGUGGUUGAGAUCGGGCAGGGAAAGGCCGGCGGUGGUGACUAGUGCGUAGUACUGGUGGUCUGGUGGUGGUGCUGUUCUUCUCUUCCCUGCUCUCUUUUGUUUCUAAUUUCUUUUGGAGUUUAUUUUGCUUUUGCAAUUUGCAGUGAAAUAAGAAGCCGUAAUCCUCCGAGAGUUUUGUUUUUUUAAUUGAGGUGAGAUUUUAAUUUUUGAUUAAAGUUAAUGGUAUGGA